AUGAUGGAUGAAGAUGGCAGGUAUCGAUACACAGGAGAUGGAGACGGCUUCGACCUGGCAAGCAAUGCCGUCUGCGAUGGAGGAAGCAGUUCCGCUCAAAGUGCUUUGCCUCAGCGAUCCCCCACGGUGAUUUCUUUGCUCUCCGGAAGGACCGGCGCCGAGCUCGAAUACUUCCUAAGGGUCUUUUGGGUGCCGGCGGCGGCUUUCGCGGCAGCGGAGAUGCUUACCUUCCUGGUGCGGCGGGCCAGCUUCUUCGUGGUAUUGACUGACAAUGCUUUUGAAGUCGGCCCGACGUACAGCAGAGUCGUCGAGGUCCACGUUUGGGCAAGCAUCGCGAUGUGGAGUCUGGCUGCUGUGCAAAUCCUGGGUGAGCAACUGCGUCGCCGGCGCGACCUUGCUUGGAUCCAUCGCUUGGCGGGCCAGGCCAUGCUGUUGCUCUUCUUCUUGGUCGUUCUUCCAACCAGCCUCUACCUCUCUGCACUGCAGCGCAUCGACGUCCUGGCUCCGGCCGUUGCCGCGGUGCUUCUGGAUACGGCGUUUUGCACUGCAUUCUUCCUGUAUCGCGGCUGGCGGGUCGCGCGGCUUCGGGCCUCGUCGAAAUCUCUUGUGGUGCAUGGCAAGCUGAUGCAGUGCGGCACCAUGAUGAGCAUGGCCAUCUUGCCUCAGCGUUUCUUGCAGCUGUACCUGACGAUGCAGUUAAAGGGCCACCAUCAGGUGAACUACUCCGCCUCCAUCCUGGUGACCUCCAUCCUCUUCUUCGUCUUCGGGCACUUCCAAAAAGGACCCAGAGGCUUCAUCUGGAUGAACUGCAUCGGCAGUGACAAUGCCGAAGAGGCCUUUGGCAGCCGCCAUGCCUCCCCCCUGGAGCAGUGGAGUUGGAAGCUGCGAUGGCUGGCCUACGUGCCCAUCUACUACGCCAUGCGAUUUGCCCUCGAGUAG